AUGUCAUCGCCAAUAUCGCAAGAUGUUCUUUUUCAUAUUUUUACAUCCUUUUGCAGUCCGAAUCAAUAUUUAACUAAUUUAAUGCUUGUCUGUAAAGAUUGGUACCACAUCACGACUCUGGAAAUGUUUUGGAUGAAAACUCUGCAGAAAGAAUUGGAACUUGAAUUUCAAAAUUUUUCCAAACAUCAUCGUGAGGAUCAUGAUGAAAAAGAACAACAAGUAGAUUAUUUAAUUCAUCCAUCUCAUUAUUUUGACAAUUCUAAUUGUUAUCGUUUUAAAUUAUUGUACAAGUCAAGUUUAUUCCGUCGAGAUCGUGGACGAUAUUUGAAAUAUUUAGAAAAAAUCAAUGAAAUUUAUAUUGUAAAACAACAAUCGAUGGAGAAGAGACGUCUCUGUAAUAUGGAUAUUUAUGGAACGACUUACAAAAAAGAAACGAUUCAAUUUUUCAAAAGACGUGCUUUACAACGAAUUAAAUUUACCAUGGAGAGCAUGUUAUUGGAAUGUCAAGCUAUUGCUAUAGAAUCACCUUUUUUGCAAGCUCUCAACAAAAUAUUAAUGAUUUGGUCUCAAAAAAUUAUUCCAUAUCUAUUUAGUAAGCCGUUUGGAAAAUCUCCUAAAGAAUUAUGUGAAAUUCCAUUGGGAAAUGCAAUGUUAUUGACAAAUUUAUGUCUUCAAUAUUUACAAUUCAGUCAUCAUGAUAACAGAACGAUGGAUCUUUUGAGCCCCAUUAUUGAAAAAUUGAUAUUGGAAGGACAUGCAAGCUUGUGUUCUGCUUUACAUGUAUUAUUGAAAAUUGACAUGGGUUUUCUGCUGAAACAUGUCCAUACAUCAUGUAGUAAUUCCAAAAUCACCUUUCUUGAACUAUUAGAAAUGGAGAUUCAACAAUUUCCAUCCAACGUUAAAUGGAUUGAUUCUUCCAUUUUGGCACAAUUGUCUCAACCUCAUGAGAAUUACGAAGAACUUCAACAACGACUGAUCUCUUUGAUUAAACGCGUGAGACGACGUGAUUUUUUCCCUCUCAUGAUCCAACCACAUGCCACUACUAUUUAUGAAAACAUUGCAACGAUUGGAAAUAAGGGAUGGUUGAAAUUCUUUUUGUGUGACAUUGGAAUUGCUCGUUGGAAAGGUUUCAAAGAAGAAUCACUCUCUCCAUUACUUUUUUCGUUACCUAGUACCACUGUUGUUCCCAAGCAAUCAAUGAGUUUGAAAAAGUAUUUGGAAUUCUUUAGAAGUAUGAAAUUAGAAAUGGGAUUCACAUUUUCGAGUGUGAAAAAUUUAGAACGUUUGGUUGUCAAUCCCAAUGACACCUUUGAAUUACUCAAGUUCCUAAUUGAUGAAUGUGGAGUAGAUCCAAAGCUUGGCCAUUCACUACUCGAGUAUGCACUGACUGCUGGCAUUUAUGGUAACAAAACUCGUGAGGUAUUGUUUCUCUUGGAAAAUGGAGUCGUACUUCAAAAUGACCUUCAUUUCAUUGAUCGACAAAUAAUCAUGAUUCUUUCAGGUCAUUCUCAUUAUUAUGAAAUAUGUUAUGAUAAUAGAGUGUCUUCCUUCGUUGACCUGUUUUAUGCUCCAGAAAGCGAAUACUUGUCGGCCAUUCAUAUCAUUAUGGAAAAAACGGGAAAGAAACUAUCAUCACUCCAGUAUUUCUUGAUGAGUGUUUUAUGUUUUGGAAACUACAGUUUGGAAGGACUGAAACUGGUGUUGAACACCCUUCCUAAAGAAUGUCAAUUUAAAAUUGAUGGCAAGUAUUCCACGAUCAUGUCACAAAUAUUUUGGAAUUGGACAAGUAUUGCCAUUAAGGGAGAGGAAGGGCGUGCAGUUCAAACCAAGUUUCUGAGAUUUAUUGAAUCGACCUUUCCUGAUGUCAAAAUGGCAUGA